AUGCAAAUAUUUACGUUAUUAUGGGUAUGGUACAUCGUUGUUUUCUUAUUAAAUAUUUAUUCGUUGGGUUUAUGGAUCUAUCGUCUAAUACCAUUCCGUAGUCGUUAUGAUUAUAUUCGAAAUCGUAUCACCCGAACAUCACGGGACAGUGUGCCUCGCUUACGUAUUAGGUUUAAACAUGUUGACCCUAAAUUAGGUGGCCAUGUGCAGCAUCAAUUGGUUAAAUCAUUCAUUAGAGAAUAUUUGGAACCCGAUGGUUUCUUUUUUCUAAGACUGUUGACAGCGAAUGCGAGUGAUUUUGUAGUACAAGAAAUUAUUGAAGGUCUAUGGACAUAUUAUUUAAGCAAAUAUGGUGAAAGUGAUGCAAAAAAAGCAGAAGAAAAUUACUAUGAGUUUCGACGACAGACUGGAGGAGAGAAAUCGACAAAUUCGCACACGAGAGCUCAGUUGAAUAAAGAUUUAAUAGAUUCGGAACGAAAACGCCUACAUCAAACAACUGAUUUUGAUUCUAGCACAAUAAUAAAUUUACAAUCAGCUUUCAGACCAGUGAAUGAAGAAGUAUAA